AUGUAUGGGGAGAGAGAGCAGAAGUUGGCAGGGAGAUCUUGCAAGUACUCGCAUGACAUCAUCAAUGCUGAGAACAAAAAAGUUCUGAAGUCCCAUGAGUUGUCUUGCCUCGAUGAGAAUGACCUGCGAGUCCUGCUUCUUCAAAAUGACCCUUUCUUCUUUCCUGAUGUCUGCCAAUUUUACAACAGAAAGGAUGAUGCCUGCAUCCAGCAAAACAACUGCAACAAGCUUCAUAUUUGUCGACACUUUCUGCAUGGGGAAUGUAGAUUUUUGCCAUGCAAGAGGUCCCAUAACCUCCUGGAUGCCCAUGCACUGGCAGUGUUGCAAAAUGGAGGCAUUGAUGGGCGCAUAGCUUCAAACAUCCAGACUAUAUAUGAUCACAGGCAUGCAGACUUCGUCAAGGAACUGAAGAAGGACAAAAUGCACUACCAGAAACCAAGAGAAAAAUUAGUGAAAAAACCGGCAGAUAGAAGGAGUCAAGAACCGAGGGUACCUUUGGAAAAAGCAGGCUCCACACUGCAUCUGCAUAUACCACCUUCAGAUGGCAAAUAUCUAGGUCUCAGUAGCAGCGUACCUGAUCUGAGGCAGGACCAGUUGCCAACAGGAGCUGGAGGUAAAGACAAAGAUAAGAAAGAUGAUUCCUCCACUAAAGGUUUGAAGAACAACAAAGAAGACAAUUGUGAUGAAAUAUGCGUGUUCCAUGUGUGGAAGUACUGCAAAAACAAAGAUAAAUGCAGAUUUGUUCAUUACCAUUUGCCAUAUCGAUGGCAGGUGUAUAACGGGAUCACCUGGAAUGACCUUUCCAUGAUGGAGGAAGUUGAAAAGGCCUAUUGUGACCCAAAAACCAGCAGCAUACCGGAUAAGAACAUUAAUUUCAAGACAAUGACCUGUGGUUCUUCUUCACUUCGGCGCCUCUCUACACCAUCAUCAGUCACAAAACCCGGAUUUGUACUGACUACGCAGUGGAUUUGGUAUUGGAAGAAUGAUGAAGGCCUGUGGAUUGAAUACGGAGAACAGGGAGAAAAGAAUAGCGUGAACGCACCAUCUUCUGCUACUAUUGAGAAUUUGUAUCUAGCAGAUCCAGAUACCACCAUAUUUUUCCAGGCUGGCUUGCAUGAUUACCAGCUCAAUUUUAAAGAAAUGACCCAGACAAACAUCUCAUAUAAAACUCGAAGACAAGUCUGCAGGCGACCAAAGUUUGUGUCUUUUGAAGACGUGCAGAAGAUAAAGAAAGGCCAGAAGGAUUCUUCUAUUCCAAGUCAAACCUGUCCUACCCACUGGGAUGCAUCUGCACUGCCUGAGUUCGGAUACAAGACAGUGGAGCUCAGUAGUACAACCUCUGAAUACGACAAAAUAAAGCAGCUGUUCCUUCAGACUAUGAAAGGCUACAGCAUCCUUAAAAUACGGAGGAUUCAGAAUCCAUCUCUCUGGAAGGUGUUUCAGUGGCAAAAGGAGCAGAUGAAAAGGGAAAAUGGAGGGAAGGAAGUAAAUGAAAAGCUUCUCUUCCACGGAACCAAGACCUCCUUUGUGGAAUCCAUCUGUGUUCACAACUUUGACUGGAGAAUUUGUGGAAGCAAUGGAACUAGCUAUGGAAAGGGAAGUUACUUUGCAAGAGAUGCUUCCUACUCCCACGCAUACUGUCAGUCUACAGUGAAAACAAACACCAUGUUCGUGGCUCGUGUAUUGGUUGGAGAUUACGUUCGAGGCAACGCAACCUACGUUCGCCCCCCGGCAAAGUCUGCUGAUGGGCUUCGGUUUUACGACAGCUGUGUGGACAAUCAGUUAAACCCCUCCAUUUUUGUUGUCUUUGAAAAAUACCAGAUUUACCCGGAGUAUAUGAUAGAUUAUAAGGAGGAAGAAAAAUGUAUUGUAUCUUAGAGAAAUCAGAGCUGUUUGUAUUGCUCAUUUUCACUAGUGCAGGUGUUCUCAUAUUUGGUGACUUCUUUAAUACAAUCCUUUGGGAUGUUAAUCCAAAGAAUUUCUGUAUUGAGGAGGGUUGGCAAAACGGAUGUUAUGUGUGUUGAGACUAAUUGCCUUGUCUUCCUCUCUUAAGUAAGCCUAGACACUUGGGUAACCGUAGCAGAAAAAUCAGUCAUGGGAUGGGAAAUCAAAUGUUACGACUUCUGUGGGCAAAUAUCUGUAAAUGCACUUCUUUAGAAAUCGAGAGGAUUUCUCUUUGUGAACAGUUCACUUAGGGGGAAAAUUAAGACUUUAGUAGUUCUUAAGCAAACUGUCAGGUUUUUAGUAGUCAGAGAUUCUUUUCAGUCCAGAAUAUGGCUGUUCUUGAUCUAUUCGUCUACCACAAUUCUAAAUGAGUCAGCGUAUGUAAGAAUGACAAAACUGAGUUUUCAAAGUUCUGCUUCUUAAUGCUGAUACUAGUUUCAAGUUUAAAAUGAGAAAACAAAAAAUAUAAAAAACUUAUUUUAAAUCUGUAUCAUAAGUUCUCAAGUCAAGAAGUUUCAUCUGUACAAUGGCAGUUAACGGUUUGGAUCAGAAAAUUGUUGGAUCAGAUUCUUUUCACGGAUCUGCAGUAACUUGCUUUGUAACCUGUAGAAAAAUAGAGCUCAAACGAAA